UUACCUCAUCCAAUGCCGCAUGACAGAUCGAUGCUGGACAGACUGGCGCCCGCGCCCGCCCUCACGAUGACACACCUCCUCUGCCGCCCCUCAUCUCACACCCUCGGCCCGAGGGCCUCGGGGAGGACAACGGUCCAGGCUGGCAGGACUCGGACGAGGCACGCACAGCUCCAAAUCCCUCAAACUUGUUGGACGAAGCGCGGAGCGACGGAAGGCUCGGUGCAAGCGGUGCACGCCCCUUGACGGGUAACUGUGUUUGGUUCAGCCAGCAGACGGACUCGGUGCCACAAUAAACAUCGUCUGCUACGGGCCACAGCCCUACACAAAACGCAGAAACGGACCGGCGUUUUCGCUAGGUGGUUGCGAGGGGGCAGUGACAGGAAGUGGCCUGCCAACCUCGCACUGUUCAAAACACUCGCCGGGAGUGCGACAAAACAAGAACUCUUUGGGCCCCCAAGCCGCACCCCGCGACACCUGCUGGCCCACUUGACUUUCACACCUGGUUGAGCCUCGCUCAAGGCACACCUGUGGGAUUGAUAUUGAUAUGGUGGUGCCCUAAAUCACAUAUGUUGUGGAUCAAUGGCAGAAUCAGGUUUCUUGUUAUAUCUAGUUAGUGAUAUGAUUAAUGAGCAGGAAGGAAGACAUGUCUGCAAAUACCUAUGAUAAUAUGAAUGAUCAGCAAGAACAAAACAAUAAUGUGGAAAUAGAAACAAAGAUCAAACACAAAGAAAAUUUAGCAGGUCAAAAUAAUGAGACAAGUGAUUUUAACGAAUCUGUAGUAAACCAAGAUAUGCAGACACCUAUUGAAAAAAUUUCCGUAAGAGGAGGUAGCAAAGAAGUUAGAGCUAACGAGUGCUGUACUAGUGACAAGCUUUCAAAUGGGAGAGAAUCACAAAAAUCUAAAUACAUUAAAAGGCACCCGUGGAUUACUGAGGAGUUUUUGGAAAUGGUUGAACACAGAGAUGAGUUACGUUUGAAGCUCAGAAAUAAUUCUUCCAAUGUUCUCUUAAAGAAAGAAUUUGCACUUCUACGCAAUCGCACGGCAGCUUUAAGGCGGAAGUUGAAGCUAGCUUAUCAGAUGUACCUGGAAGAACUGUGAUAUAAACUUGUUAUGUGAUAGUAUACGGUAGUAUGUUUUCAUCACAAUGUUUAAUUUAGGACAAACCAUGACUCCUAAAAGUGAUAUUCGAUACUUCUUGCCACUGUGUGUCAAACAUUAUUGAGAAGAUAAUUAUCUUCUGGUGUAACUAAAAGGUUAAGGACAAUUUGAUAUUGUUCCUUUGGUGUUGGUUGUUGGAAUAAAAAAUUAUUUAUUCGUA